AUGGACGUGCACAAUGCUUUUCUUCAUGGUGAUCUCCGUGACGAGGUGUAUAUCAAGCUUCCGCAAGGUUUUACGCAUUCAGCUCCGAAUAAAGUUCUUCGAUUACACAAAGCUCUUUAUGGCUUACGACAAGCACCCCGAUGUUGGUAUGAAAAGCCCUCUACGGCUCUCGCCAAGGCUGAUUUUGUUCAAUCUUAUUCGGAUUACUCUUUGUUUACCUACACACGUGGACGUGUCGAGAUUCGAGUCUUAGUUUAUGUUGAUGAUCUUGUUGUUUGUGGCAAUGAUGGGGACGCCAUUCGCAAAUUUAAAACAUCUCUCGGAGAGUGUUUUCGUAAGAAGGAUUUGGGGAAGCUUAAAUACUUCCUCAGCAUUGAGAUUGCCCGUAAUGAAGAAGGGUUUAUGUUGACACAACGGAAAUAUGCUUUGGAUAUUGUAAGUGAAACAGGGUUGCUUGGUUCUAGGCCCGAGGUUACACCAAUGGAACAAAAUCAUCACUUAGCUUCCGAUACUAGUUAUUUCCUCCAGGAGCCCGCAACGUAUCGACGACUAGUGGGUUGUCUUAUCUAUCUCGCUAACACUCGACCUGAUCUUUCAUACUCUGUUCACAUUUUGUCCCAAUUUAUGCAAAUGCCGCGAGAGAGGCACUUGGAGGCUGUGUUACGUGUAGUCAAGUAUCUUAAAGGAAAAGCGGGGCAAGGUAUUUUACUUAGUUCACGUAUAGACCUGGAACUCUCGGUUUAUUGCGAUGCCGACUGGGGUACAUGUCCGUUGUCUCAUCGUUCUUUAACCGCCUAUGUCGCUUUGUUUGGUGGCUCUCCAAUCUCUUGGAAGACUAAGAAGCAAAAGGUGGUGUCACAGUCGUCUUGUGAGGCUGAGUAUCAUGCCAUGUCUAUUGCUACGCGUGAGAUAAUGUGGUUGCGACAUCUAUUUAAAGAUUUGGGUUUCCCACCAACUGCUCCUGCUCGUCUCUUCUGUGAUAGUAAGUCUGCACUUUAUAUUGCUGCUAAUCCUGUUUUUCAUGAAAGAACGAAACACAUUGAGAUCGAUUGUCAUCAGGUACGUGAUGUUAUUAAAAGUGGAGUUCUUACAAUUGCGCACAUCGGUACUAAGGAGCAAUUGGCGAAUCUUUUAACAAAGGCUUUAGGAAAAGUUCAGUUUAAUACUUUAAUGUCCAAGUUGGGCAUUUGGUGUGGCUGGACUGUUGCACACGCAAGGAGAGUCUCUCCUGGUUGUAUUUGUUGUUUGAAUCACCUCGAUAAGGUGUGGUGA